UGUGGAUCUUGUUAAGGCUUACUCCUGCAGGCGGCAGAGGGCAGGAGUGUGUUGAUGAACUACGCCCAGCUGUCUGCUGGGGAUCGUGAGAUAUGCAGACGAUCAAGUGUGUGGUGGUAGGAGAUGGAGCGGUGGGUAAAACCUGCCUGCUCAUCUCCUACACGACAAACAAAUUCCCUUCUGAGUAUGUUCCCACGGUAUUUGAUAACUAUGCAGUUACGGUAAUGAUUGGAGGUGAACCAUACACAUUAGGCCUUUUUGAUACAGCAGGACAAGAAGAUUAUGAUAGACUGCGACCUCUAAGCUAUCCGCAAACAGACGUAUUUUUAGUCUGUUUCUCUGUUGUGUCCCCAUCAUCAUUUGAAAAUGUCAAGGAAAAGUGGGUGCCAGAAAUCACUCAUCACUGCCAGAAGACUCCAUUCCUCCUAGUGGGCACUCAAAUUGACUUGCGAGAUGAUGCUGCUACAGUAGAAAAGCUGGCCAAGAAUAAGCAGAAGCCUAUAACGUAUGAACAGGGUGACAAGCUGAGCCGUGAGCUUAAGGCAGUUAAGUAUGUUGAAUGUUCAGCACUAACACAGAAGGGCCUCAAGAAUGUAUUUGACGAAGCCAUUCUUGCAGCCUUAGAGCCUCCAGAACCCCAGAAACGAAGGAAAUGUGUUGUUCUGUAGGGUAGGACACAUCCAUGGUAGACCUUGGAGGAGCCCCAGGCAUAUACAAGAUGUGCAAGAUUGCCUUUUAUGGUCAGUAGGGUUUUUGUGGAGUUAGGAUUGCCUCUGAAGCUAUUUGGAUGAGAUAAUUUUGUCAGUGUUAUAACUGCAAGAAUGUGUGUUUUUAUUAUAACAAGGUAUAUUCCAGUAGUGGAUGAAGGAAGAUGCCAAAGUUUAUAUUUCUUGGUGAGUGAGUGAGGCUUCAUGCAGCUUUGGGGCUGUACUCCUUGGGAGAAUGUAAGCAACCUAAGCACAAGAAAUGGCUGCCAGGUAGCAUGGGUGGAGAAGCAGCAUUGUGCGGCUGAAUGUAUUUCUCGCACAACCUCCUUUUCCAUCGAAACAUUUACCUGUUGUGUUCCCACUUGCCCUCUCCCCUCUCCCUGGGCCAGCAUCCUACCUGUGCCACUUGAGAGCCUCAUGGUUCCACUUGGUUUGCUUCCAGUUAGGUCAAGAGUGUCCUUUCAUUUUUUCAUAUAAACUAUUCAUGUAAACUACUAUGGAGACUUUGAACACAAAUAUCAUCUGAUUCCAGUCAUCCCAGAAUUCUCUAGUAGAUUCAUUUUAUUCAUGAAACAAUGAUCAACAUCUCAGUAUUCAAGUUCUAUUAGGAUCUAUUUCUCUCUCUCUCUCUCUCUCUCUCUCUCUCUCUCUCUCUUUCUUUCUUUCUUUCUUUCUUUCUUUCUUCGGCUUUUUCAAAGCUUAAAUGCAUCUCAUCCUAUUUACUAGUAAUGAAUUUAGAAGUGUUGAUAAAUUUAAAAAGUAACCCAUAUUUGUAUGAGCUUAACUUCUGAUAUAACUGCCUCAGACUAUCAUAAGUUUCCUAUUCUUACAUUUACACUCUUCAUUGAUGUGUAUCUAGCAACUAUAACUUCUUUUUUAUUGUAAUUUUAGUGCAAACUUUAGAAAAUGUCAGUGGAUUAUAACUUGGUUUUGUGGGCUCAGUACCAAGAUAAUCCCUAAGACAAGACCAUUUGAUUUUAAGUAACAGUUAAUUUUUUUUUACUAUGUGGUGUGCCUGAGUAAGAAACUAGGUUUGAAGUAAGUGGCAUUUAUGCAAAGGGGUUAUCAAUUAUUGUUCACAUAAAAGCAUGUUGUUCCCAGUGUUUUGAGUUCAUGUACUGCACAGCAGAAGUAUCUGCUGACGAGUCACCCACCUAUGUGGUCAUAUGCCAGCUACUUAUGGGUGCUUCAAGACAAUUGGGAAUGUCUGAUGUAGUAGAAAGUUAUAUAUUGACUAAGUAGUUGGCUCAAUGAUAUGAAUCAUUAUUUUUGUACAAAAUCUGUAAAUCUGAAAGUAGUGUUCUAUGAUUUUCCAAAUUUCUGCUGCUUCAGACACAAAGUUUGGUGAUAACCAGAUGGUUGGUAGCUACCUUGCCUCAUGUGUUAACUAACCCACCACUGGUCUUGGUAGGGAACUCUUGUUUAAAAUAACUGUAGUUGCCAUGUUGACCAUUGCAAAUAUAAGACAAAUUGAUUCUGUCUACAUUUAAAGUGUGAUAAAACCUCAUGAUUUUAAAAGGAAGUUUGGUAUUUAUGGAGGGAGUUACAAAUAAACCAUUUGGAUUGGA